CAAUAACAAACUGAAAAACAUACUAUUAUGACCAGAAGAUAGUUCAGUGAAGAAUUUUGUUGUUGCCGGAAAAGUUCAGCUUCUAAAUAUUAGUGUUUUAUCCGAAAAUUAACGGUUGAAGGCGUUUGUCGUUACGAUGGAUGGUGGCAGUGCCGACGGAAAAUGUGCUUUCUGUGAAAACUUGAAAAGUGAAAGCAAGCAAAGACGAAGCGGAAGCCGGAAUUAAAUUUCAAAGCCCAUUAUCGGAUGCAUAAUCGCGACCAUCAUCUGCAUUUCCACUCGUCCGGACUCACUCCUUUCAGCGGACAUCCGAGGACCUGCAGCCGAACGUGAAGCACCGGCAAAAGUAAUCAACAAAAAAACGGAAAGCAAGGAUUCCCUGCCAGAAGUAGCAGCAGUGUCCACAGGACCUGGUCAUGGCCGGGUCCACCAACCGUUGGCGACCCCGAACGGCGGCCACGACAGCGCUGACGACCGGCAUAAUGAAGGCAAAUUUAUUCAUUGCCAUCAACCGGAUCAUCUUCAGCUCGUUCAGCAGUGCCGUGUUCGGGAUCGGGACGUCCUUUUUCUUCUGGGCCCCUCCGACGGGUUCCGGCAGCAGUGGGGUAGAAGCCGUCAUCCGGUUGACCCAGCGGAACAAUCACGGCAACAUCUCCGAACUGUUGGAUAAUUUACUGCGCGGAUAUGAUAAUAGCAUACGGCCGGACUUUGGUGGCCCACCUGCCGUGAUCGAGGUCGACAUUAUGGUCCGAAGUAUGGGCCCAAUAUCAGAGGUGGACAUGACCUACUCAAUGGACUGCUACUUCCGGCAGUCGUGGGUGGACCGGCGGCUCGAGUUUAAGGGUGCCCACGACACGCUGGCCCUCAGCAUCUCCAUGCUGGGACGGAUCUGGAAACCGGACACGUACUUUUACAACGGCAAGCAGAGCUACCUGCACACCAUCACGACCCCGAACAAGUUUGUGCGGUUGUACCAGGACGGGCGGGUGCUGUACUCGAGUCGACUAACCAUCAAAGCUGGAUGUCCGAUGAACCUGGCGGACUUUCCAAUGGAUAUUCAGCGGUGUCCGUUGAAAUUUGGAUCUUUUGGCUACACCUCGAACGACGUGCUGUACCGGUGGAACAGUGGCCGGUCGGCCGUCGCCAUCGCCGAGGACAUGAAGCUGUCCCAGUUCGAUCUGGUGGACUGUCCGGCCGGCAACGUGACGGACCGGGUCGUGCACAGUACGGCGUCGAUGGGCGCGGCCGUGCUGAACAGUGCCGAGGGCGACCCGGACGCUGUCGGGUUGGAUCCGAACGCGAAGCUGUACGUUUCUGAAUUUUCCAUGCUACUGGUUAGCUUUCACCUUCAGCGCCACAUGGGCAACUUUCUCAUCCAGGUGUACGGACCUUGUGUGCUGCUGGUCGUCCUCUCGUGGGUUUCAUUCUGGCUCAACCGGGAAGCCACCGCCGAUCGAGUGUCUCUCGGCAUAACGACAGUCCUCACGAUGACAUUCCUAGGAUUGGAAGCUCGUACCGACCUGCCCAAAGUCCCGUAUCCAACGGCGCUAGAUUUUUUCGUAUUCCUCUCUUUUGGGUUCAUCUUUGCCACCAUCAUCCAAUUUGCAGUGGUGCACUACUUUACCAAGUACGGCUCCGGUGAGUGUUACUUCAACGCAGACGAGCUGACUUCCAGCUCCGACGAGGACAGCGACCUGGACUGCGCCAACGGGGACAACGUCCACCUGCACUCGAUCAAGAUAUCCAGCGGCUCGUCCAAACGCUGUUCUGCCGUAACCGCCAUCAGUGGACCCGGCGGAGUCGACUCCCGAGUGAUAGAGGUGAUCCCCCUGUCGGUUUGCUCAAUCCCGGUCACCCCAGUUCGAAAGGCCUCGAAAUCAUCCUGGGCCGAUCUGUCCUGCUUUGGACUGUCCAAAGAAGAUGACGAUUCACCGGCGGCCAUCGUCGGAAACUACGCCAGUUCGUCCUUCUCGACGCCGGUGGCCGCGGCCAAACGCAGCUCCGUCCAGAUUGGUGGCACAACCAGCCAGUCCCAGGUCCAUCGACGGCGCCGCCGGAAGAAACGCACGCCCCGCUUCAACUCGGUCUCCAAGAUCGAUCGCGUCUCGCGGAUCUUCUUCCCGCUGCUGUUCCUGGCCAUUAACGUGUUCUACUGGUGUCUGUACUUGUCGCGAAGUGGUCGACCCCUUCCGCAGUCGCAUUAAAACGCAAAUUUGUUCCAUGUGUUCAUUGUCUAGGCUCGAAACGAGGGGAAAAUGUAGACAACAUUCCUAAAUACAGCAGAAAAUACGAUACUAGCUGAUAAAACAAGUAGGCAAAUUGUAGUUGUUGGAAUAAAUGUUAUAACAAACAGAACUUAACCAAACGAUAGACAAAUAAAAUAAACUAACAAAAAAUAACACAAAAACUAAACUAUAAGCUAAACGGAAAACUAUUAAUUGUAGAGUAAUAAAAAAACGUAGUUUUCAGUGGGACCAUAUACGCUUAUUCGAUUUUAGGGACGCGGGGUUUCGGAACGAGGAAUGUUUAGAAAAAAACUAACUUAAUCCACCUA